AUGUGUGGUUCUCGACGCGCUGAGGUGUCUGGCUCGACCACUGUGCCUCAUGGCCGUGAGGUCCUGCCCACCAACGUCAAGCCGCUCCAUUACGACUUGACCCUGGAACCCAACUUUGAGACUUACAAAUAUGAUGGAACUGUCAUCAUUGACCUACAGGUUAACGAAGACACUACCUCCAUCUCCCUCAAUACCAACGAACUCGACAUCCACACAGCUACUGUUUCCUCCCAGGGAUCGGUCGUCACCUCCUCCCCAGAUAUCUCCGUCAAUGAGGAAAAACAAAUUGCAACUAUCAAGUUCUCUGAUGCAGUCCCCGCUGGCACCUCCGCUCAACUGAAGUUGACCUUCACCGGUACCCUCAAUGAUAACAUGGCCGGUUUCUACCGUUCAUCCUACAAGACUCCCAGCGGCGAAACGAAAUAUAUCGCAUCGACUCAGAUGGAACCCACCGACGCCCGCAGAGCGUUCCCUUGUUUCGAUGAGCCUGCCCUCAAGGCCAAGUUCACUGUCACUCUGAUUGCCGAUAAGAGCAUGACCUGUCUAAGCAACAUGGAUGUGGCUUCUGAAACUGAAGCUGAAGGUGGCAAGAAGGCAGUCAAAUUCACCACAUCUCCCGUGAUGUCCACCUAUUUGGUUGCAUUUAUUGUCGGCCACCUCAACUACAUCGAGACCAAGGCCUUCCGUGUUCCCAUCCGCGUCUAUGCCACCCCGGAUCAGGAUAUUGAGCAUGGCCGCUUCUCUCUGGAUUUGGCUGCCAGGACCCUUGAAUUCUACGAAAAGGCUUUUGAUAGCGAAUUCCCUCUCCCGAAGAUGGACAUGGUUGCCGUCCCCGAUUUCAGCGCUGGAGCUAUGGAGAACUGGGGGUUGAUCACCUACCGUAUCGUUGAUUUGCUGCUGGAUGAGAAGACCAGUGGUGCUUCGCGAAAGGAGCGUAUUGCUGAGACGGUCCAGCACGAACUUGCUCACCAGUGGUUUGGAAACCUGGUCACCAUGGAUUUCUGGGACGGUCUGUGGCUCAACGAGGGCUUUGCCACCUGGAUGUCGUGGUACUCUUGCAACAGCUUUUACCCCGAGUGGAAAGUCUGGCAAACCUACAUCAUCGACAACCUGCAGAGGGCUCUCUCCCUUGAUUCCCUUCGCAGCAGUCACCCUAUUGAAGUGCCUGUCAAGCGUGCCGAUGAAAUUAACCAGAUCUUCGAUGCCAUCUCCUACUCCAAGGGAUCUUCUGUCCUGCGCAUGAUAUCCAAGUACCUCGGUGAAGACGUCUUCCUCCAGGGCGUGCGUGACUACAUCAAGAAGCAUGCUUACGGUAACACCCAAACCGGAGAUCUGUGGGCAGCUCUUGCUAAUGCCAGUGGAAAGCCCGUGGAAAAGGUCAUGGAUAUCUGGACCAAGAAUGUCGGUUUCCCUGUGAUCACUGUCUCGGAGGACCCUAGCUCCUCGACUAUCAAGUUGAAGCAAAACCGUUUCCUGCGCACCGGCGACGUUCGUCCCGAAGAAGACACCACUCUCUUCCCUGUGAUGCUAGGCUUGCGCACCCAGCAGGGUGUCGAUGAGAAUACUAUGCUUACCCAGCGUGAGGGCGAGUUCAAGGUGCCCAACCUGGAUUUCUUCAAGCUCAAUGCUGACCACUCUGCUAUCUACCGCACAUCUUACUCUCCCGAACGGUUGGCCAAGUUGGGUGAGGCCGCGAGGGCUGGGUUGCUUACAGUUGAGGACCGCGCGGGUAUGAUUGCCGACGCUGGCGCCUUGGCUGCCUCGGGCUAUCAGAGCACCUCUGGACUCCUCUCUCUCCUGACUGGAUUUAACAAGGAAACGGAGUUUAUUGUCUGGAAUGAAAUUUUGACCCGCGUCGGUACCCUGCGUGCGGCUUGGAUGUUUGAAGAUACCCAGACUCAGGAUGCCCUGGAGCUUUUCGAGCGCUCCUUGGUCAGCAAGGUGGCCCACGAAUUGGGCUGGACUUUCUCGGAUACUGAUUCCCACACUUUGCAGCAGUAUAAGUCUAUCAUGUUCGCUGCUGCUGGGUUUGCCGGGGACAAGACUGUUGUGGAGGCCUCUAAGGAAAUGUUCGAGCGCUUCUCUAAUGGCGAUACCAAUGCGAUUCACCCCAACAUUCGCGGCAGUGUCUUUGGUAUCGUCCUGAAAUAUGGCGGAGAGAAAGAAUACGACGUGGUGUUGGAUCGCUUCCGUAAUGCACCCACCUCGGAUGAGAAGACCACAGCCCUGCGCUCUCUGGGUACGGCCGAAGACCCCAAACUUAUCCAACGCAGCCUGGCCUUGGCCUUGGGCGAUGAGGUCAAGAGCCAGGACAUUUACAUGCCGUUGGGUGGGCUUCGGGGCCACAAGGCGGGUGUUGAAGCUCGCUGGGCCUGGCUGAAAGACAACUGGGACGCCAUUUACAAACGCCUGCCACCCGGCCUGGGUAUGCUGUCCAGCGUUGUUCAGAUCAGUACAGCCAGUCUCUGUACCGAGGAGCAGCUGAAGGAUGUGCAGAGCUUCUUUGCCGAUAAGGAUACCAAGGGCUUUGAUCGUGCAGUUGACCAGAGUCUCGAUGCAAUUCGGGCCAAGAUCAGCUGGGUCAACCGUGAUCGCAAAGAUGUUGGAUCAUGGUUGAAGUCGAAUGGAUACCUCGGAAGCGGCAAGCUGUAG